AUGCCUUUCAUUAAGUCUUCCAUUUUUAUGACCGUGUUGAUGCAAGCGAUCAUGGCAGUCUACCUUGCCGCUCCACUUCCAGAAAAUCUACAAGUCACAAAGAUCAAAGCGGCACAUACAGGUAUGAAUCGAUGCUCGAUGAAAGCACAUUUGUGUAUUGCAGGCGCCAUGAUUUCGUCAGAGUUUGGGUUGAAGAAGAAACAAUUUAAAUUAGAAUCCAAAGCUGAAAAUCAUUUGAAGUCAAUGAAAACACACGCAGAAGCAUUAUCAAGUGCGAUAGGGGUCGCAAGGAACGAUGGAAGAAGUUCUAAUGGAGCAAAAUCUCAUAAACAAGUCAAUCGUGCAAUUGAUGCAGGUGUUAAUAAACUUUCAGACUUCCACGCAAAGGUCGAGAAAGCAAAGAUGAAACAAGCUCCUCUCAUUCCUGGUAAACCAAAGCGAUACAAUGAUAUAGUAGGAAGAUUAUAG